CUUACAGUAAGCAACUGCUGUGCUGUCAGCUCCCAGGAUGGUUGGGCAGAGCAGCAGAAGGUCUCUGGGCUCAUUGGUCUGGAUUUCUUUCUCUUGGGGGAUUUGAUGCCAUGGAUGGCUGAGAUCUUCUACUGCUCAUUGGAGUUCCUGGCUUCCCAUCCUGCUGGUCUCCCAAACCCAGGCCCCUGGACAAAUUGUCCCUAGAACACCUCCUUCAAACAGAGAUGAAUGAAUUGCAAGUUUUCUACACAGAGUUGAACAAAAAAAACCUUUCUCACUCCCAGCACAAUAGACUAAACAACAGGAGCAAAAAGUCAGGAGAGGAGGAGGAAUUGAACUACACUGAGUUGAAACCGCAUAGGUCUUCCCAACAGAAGAGCAAACCAGAGAGACUCAAUGACAAAGAGACACGUGAGCAGCAGGUAACUUAUUCAGAACUGAACAAGGAAAGGCUUGAUCUGCCAUGGAAGGACCAAAAAUCAAAGGGCACGAAGGGCAGAAGAUCAGUGAGUGAGCAGUCAGUGACCUACACAGAGCUGAAACUGCAUAAUCAACCACAGCGGUGCAGCCCAUCUGAGAAUGCCCAGAGCAAAGUAGGUUCACAUAGCAAACUCUGGAAGUUCACUGCAGUUACUCUGGGGAUCUUCUGCCUUGCGUUACUGGCCAUAGCAGGUUUCUUGGCUGCCCAAGUGAUCCAGCAACAUGGAAAUUCAACAAGCCCCUUUCCAAACCCAUCUCCAAACACCAUAAACGAGACAGGAUGUGACCGGGCCCCUUGUCCAGGGGACUGGAUUGGGUUCAGAAACAGCUGUUACCUCUUCUCUAAUGACAGAAAGAACUGGGGAGGUAGCAAGUCAGCCUGUGCAGCUCAGAAUUCCAGCUUGCUGUGGAUAGACAACCAGGAAGAGCAGGUUUUCCUGGCAUUCUUUUCCCUCUAUGCAUGGAUUGGAUUGUCUCGUAAUGAACCUGGUAAUUCCUGGAAGUGGGAGGAUGGCACAGAUUUCUCCAAUCAUCAGCUCACUGUCAUGAAGAUACUAACUGGGGGUAGUUGUGUCUACAAAAGUGAAGACGAUUAUUAUGAAGGUAACUGUGAGGAUCUCAAGUUCUUCAUCUGCAAAUUAAGGGUCGGGUCAUAGUUAGUCUAUAAAAAGCCCCAAUAUUGGAAUUUCAUCUCAAUCCCAUCCCAGGUACCUCCUUACAGAUAAUUCUGGUUGUUCAUCUGGAGAAGCAUGGAGAAGCAGCGUGGCUCAGUGGAAAGAGCGCGGGCUUUGGAG